AGAUCAAGAAAUGCGCACAUCAGCUGUGAGCUUGGCGAAGCACUUUGGUGGGCUGGGCAAAAUGUAUGGCGAACAUCGUUUCGCAUUGGCACCAAACGAGCAGAAGGCUUUCAAAGGCUUCAUCGAUCAAGCUAUCGUAAAAGUAUUCAGAACUUACGUUUGGGAUCAGUGGUAUUAUUAUCUACCUCAAGCAGUUGGUGCUUAUCUUCUUUACGAUUGGGCAAAGAGGAAGAAUUAUGAAGUUUCGAGGAAGAAUCCAGCUGACUUUGCUAACGACCAGUAAACUACCUCAGAAUUUGUCUAUGUUGAUCUAGAACAGUAAAGAUUAGGUUUUGAAAUGGAUUUUUGAGCUUCAAUACUAAUUUGACUGUGCUUGAUUCACAACACCAUAGCGGACCUCAUCUCAAAUGACAGCGGAUUAUGCAACUAAGCUGCUGCAUAAGUUGAAUUUUGAAUCUUACAGCAAACAAUCAGCGUGAUUUGUUUGCAUUAUCGUUGGCUC